GGCGAGGCGCCAGGAUGGAGAGGGACCCGGAUGCUGAUGUGAGUGAUGCGAAGGGAGAGGAGAGAGAGAGAAAAUAUCGAUUUACGGCAAGAAAACCGAAGGGAGUGUAAUACAAGGAGGCCUUUAAACCCUGCGCCAACUAUCACCGAGAGCUAAAGAGGGUACCGAAGGGAGCUUUUGCUAAAUAGGGGACGUUUGCGUGUGAUUUGUUUUUUUGCACCUGCUUUGCGAAGAUGCUGCUGUGAUAUCGACUGGCUCCUAGCGGGGAUGUAGAAGCAAUCGCUGGGUAAAGGGAGGAUAGGGCAGGCGGGGAAGGACUUCUAGACGACGCCGGAAUGGUUGUUUUUACGCUGGAUACGCGCUCCAUCCACCUUUCGAGAAAAUGAGGCGUCCGUCGGACCAGUGUAACAAGCGUUUCUUGGUGGCCAACGACUCGAGGUGGUGUGGCUUAUUUUGACAGGACGGCCGCUGGGUCAAGGCGCCGAAGCUAAAGCUAAAAGCUAGCCUCGCUGCUGUGUGGGAGAGCGGCGGCGAGGCUACACUUAGCAUGUCGUUGCACCUGUGAGGGGGAAAAGGCCUUACCAGGAGAGAAAUUAUACUAAAACUCACAACUUAUUUGAGGCUCUGUUGGCACGACCUUCAAUGUAAUAAUUUCAACAUUUGAUUAGCUUUUGUCAAAUGUGUAGUAAUUAUGCAAAUAAGCUAAUAUUCCCUGCUUGAAUUAGUUUGUCCUGUUUAUUGUUUUUAUUCGGCACUACGGAGGUAGUUUCCAAAUUAAAAGGGCAAGAAUUACUAAGUAGUCAGGUUUAAAUGGAGUAUUUCAGUGACUUUCCUCCUUAUUUGCUGAGUAUCUUCAAAAGUGAGCACUUUGUAUGCCACAGUAACACCUGGAUAAACUGUAGAAUAUUACAGUGAAAGCAAUAACCGCAAUAUUUGUAGUCUAGUGUCUCUCAAGUAAGAGCAGGAUGAGUAAGGAACUGUCUUUGAGUCAAUCCGCUCAAUAUGUCGGGCCCUAUCGGCUGGAAAAAACACUGGGGAAGGGACAAACAGGACUGGUUAAGCUCGGUGUUCACUGCAUCACCGGUCAAAAGGUGGCCAUUAAAAUCGUCAACAGAGAGAAGCUGUCUGAGUCGGUGUUGAUGAAGGUUGAAAGGGAAAUCGCCAUCCUAAAACUCAUUGAGCAUCCUCACGUGUUGAAGCUGCACGAUGUAUAUGAGAAUAACAAGUACCUAUACCUGGUGUUGGAACAUGUAUCAGGAGGAGAACUGUUCGAUUACCUGGUUAAGAAAGGCCGUCUUACUCCUAAAGAAGCCAGGAAGUUCUUCAGGCAGAUCAUCUCUGCUUUGGAUUUCUGCCACAGUCACUCCAUCUGCCACAGAGACCUGAAGCCCGAGAACCUGCUGCUGGAUGAGAAGAAUAACAUCCGCAUCGCUGACUUUGGUAUGGCAUCACUCCAGGUGGGUGACAGCCUGUUAGAGACCAGCUGUGGAUCACCACAUUAUGCGUGCCCUGAAGUCAUACGGGGGGAAAAGUAUGACGGAAGGAGAGCAGAUGUAUGGAGCUGCGGGGUCAUUCUUUUUGCUCUGCUGGUGGGCGCCCUGCCGUUCGACCAUGACAAUUUACGUCAGCUUCUGGAGAAAGUGAAGAGCGGCGUGUUCCACAUGCCACACUUCAUCCCCCCGGACUGCCAGUCCCUGCUCAAGGGCAUGAUUGAGGUCAACCCUGAAAAGCGUCUCACGCUGGACACCAUUCAGAAACAUGCCUGGUAUCUGGGUGGCCGUAAUGAGCCUUGUCCUGAGCAGCCUCCUCCCAGAAGAGUGUGUGUUAGGCGAAUCUUAUCCUUGACUGAGCUGGACCCAGAUGUGUUGGACAGCAUGCACUCACUGGGCUGUUUCAGAGACCGUGUCAAGCUCACGCGUGAUUUGCAAUGUGAAGAAGAAAACCAGGAGAAGAUGAUAUAUUACCUACUACUAGACAGGAAAGAGCGUUACCCCAGCUACGAGGACGAGGAUUUGCCUCAACGCAAUGACGCCGAUCCUCCCCGAAAGCGCGUGGAUUCCCCCAUGCUGACGCGCCAUGGUCGCUGCCGUCCUGAGAGGAAGAGCCUGGAGGUGCUGAGUGUCACAGAACAAGGCUCUCCCACGCCUCCUCGUCGUGCUCUAGACGCCGCACACAGCCAGAGGUCUCGCUCAGUGAGCGGAGCAUCCACUGGUCUGUCCUCUAGCCCUCUCAGUAGUCCCAGGUCCUACCAAAGCCCCAUUUUCACUUUCAGCCAAUCAGAUGUCACCUCCACCGCCGCCACUACCCAAACAAAGGAGCCCAAACAGGGAAGCGCCACGACACCUCGCUGCGCACGGGCUCACGACAAGCCCAAAGCUUGCCCCAAUCCAAAGACCCAGACCUUGCCCACCAAGGGACCAGCCGAACGGCUUCACCUUCAGCCCAUCAAAUCCCUGCCUCUGCACAACCCAUCCUCUCGCUCACCCUCUCCCUCUCCGCUGCUCUCACCCAUUCCUCGUUUUUUCUUCCCUUCGUCCUCUGUCCUAAAGUCCGUGACAAAGAGCUUGUACCCAAACUCUACCCACUCUGUGCCGCAGGUCACUCCCCAGGGCUCUCCGUUGCCCACGCCCUUGGGCACCCCUGUCCACCACCCUCACCACCCCUCCUCUACCCCGCCUUCCUCCUCCUCAUCCUCAUCCUCCUCGCGGGCAGAAGGAGGGGGCGGGGUGGGCUCUCUGUCACUCACCCCACCCUCAAGCCCUGGAGGUGGAAGCGGACUUGCAGCCAGCAGCUCUGCGCAUUGGAGGACUCGUCUCAAUUCUUUUAAGAACAACUUACUGGGCUCGCCGCGGUUUCAUCGUCGCAAACUGCAAGUUCCAACAUCAGAGGACAUGUCCAGUUUAACUCCAGAAUCCAGCCCCGAGCUGGCCAAGAAGUCUUGGUUUGGGAACUUCAUUGGCCUGGAGAAAGAGGAGCAGAUCUUUGUGGUGAUCAGAGACAAACCUCUGAGUUCUGUCAAAGCUGACAUUGUCCACGCCUUCCUGUCUAUCCCGUCACUCAGUCACAGCGUCAUCUCCCAGACAAGCUUCAGGGCCGAAUACAAGUCCUCCGGCGGCCCUUCCGUCUUCCAGAAGCCCGUCAAGUUCCAGGUGGAUAUUGCCUUCUCCGAGGGAGAGAGGGAGCGGGACAGGGAGAGGACCGAGAGGGAGGGAAGGAGGGAGACGGGAAUCUACAGCGUGACGUUCACCCUCAUAUCAGGUCCGAGUCGCAGGUUCAGACGAGUGGUGGAAACGAUUCAAGCCCAGCUUCUCAGCUCCCAUGAUCAACCCCUGGUGCAAGCCUUAUCUGAUCCCUUCCCAGACGAGAAGAAUGGCCGACCCCACAGGACCCCCACCCGCCAAAAUUCCAGGCGCUCAGAGGGUGGGGGCGACAGGUGCGAGUGGGGUGACCGAGCCGACGGCGGAGGCAUAGGAGGCAGCGGGGGAGUUCUCCAGCGCAGAGGCUCGGCAAAGGAGAGAACCCGACUGCUGUCCACCAACGGAACCCAAUCGCAACCGUAGGUUAGAAUGGAAAACCACGCCGCAGGAUGCCUGACCGAGCGACAUCCACCCUCUUGACUUCAUCUUCAAGCAUCCCUGCAAACCACGAGCUCCUUCCUCAACUAAGUGGGAGGUGCUUCGAUGUUAGCAAGUAUUGAGCCUUCCCCCAUCAUGCUUUUGUGUUUAACAAUUGUCUUGAUCCCUUUGGACGACCCGGAUUCCAAACCUUCGACGAGAGCAAUGGAAUCCCCCUUUAAUGAAUUGAAAACAUAAUACGUGAAUGAGUAGUUUGGUAUCCCACCGUAGAUACAGCUUCUCCAAAUCAAACUAGUACUUUUGAAGUGCUAAUGUGCAUGCCAGUUAGCAAAUCAGCCUGCUAAAGGAUGCUGACAAGACCUGAUAGCUAGCCUACCAUAAGCAAUGUACUACAGCAUCUGAUACCAAAAAGAAUAAGUUGUGUUGUGACGGCUCUCUAGAUGACACCUAAAAAUUAACCAGUGCGUGUCCAUGUCAGUCUCAGGUGACAUGCAACUAGUGGUCAUAACGACUAGUCCAUUUUGAAAGACAUCGAGUAAGUCAGUGGCAGAUUAAACCUGAUGCGAUCUGAGCGAAAAGGUCCUGAUCUUCUCAGGAAGUCGGCGUCCUACCCUGACUCAAAACCAACAAAGUAAGCUAUGUAAGUGAAUGUGAAAAAUUAUUUUUUUAUUUUCUCGUUAUUUAUUUCCUUUGAGGACGUGCAGUGAUCGCAGCAAGACAGCACAAGUCAGUGCUGGAAAGUGGAAGCUGCCUCUUUAUUUUAUUUGAUUAUUUUGCCCUUUAAUUUCUCCUCAGAGACAAGAUGAACUUAUCCAUUUGCGCUCCUGUUACUCUGAGGAAAAUUAUUUUUUCAUUUCAACAGAAAUAUGAACAUGACUCUAUGGAGAGAGGAAAAACACUAUUUGUGACUAUGUUCAUGAUCCUCAUCACAGUUGUUUGUCCUUCAUUGAAAGAGAAUGACAUUCGUGGCCUGUGCAGCUUCAGACUGAAGCCUCCUCUUCUCGUCCAGCUUUUCUCCUUAUUGUCGGCAGAGACGACCCACAUGGAUAUGUUGGUGGUUUUACGGCUCACUAUGUCACAUUCCUGGUUGACCUGGACUUUGUGAAGGGAAAACAAGCAAAGUGUCACUCAUCCUGCCCCCUCACAACGUCGUACAGUAUUACUCAAGUUCUCUUAUAGACUAGCUGAUGCCCAUCACCAGUCUUCCAUACAGCACAAUAUGCAACAAAUGUGCAGGAUGUUGUCCAACGAAGUUCUAAUGUGGUUUUGGUUUACAUAUUUAUUUAAUUCUCCCACUAUUCAUUAACUUUAUUUAACUUAUUUGCAUAUUUAUACCAUAGAUAUUAUCUUUUCCAUCACAUUACUUUCAGCACUUUUCAAAUGUGAACGACCAUGAUAGCAGAACAGAGUAAUCUUUGUUUUUCCGGUUUUUAAUUCAUCAUGGUUUUCACUGGUAUGUGUGGGAGAUUGGUGGUUGAUGGGAGCGUAACAAUGAGUUAAUUGAACUUUUAAGACGCCGCACAGAGCUUGUGUGACAGAUUAGCAACUAAACUCUUAACAGGCAUGUCAUUUUACCGUCACACUUGUCGAUAUGCUCCAUUUCUUGCUUUUCCUUGUCACUUCGAUCCUUUUGUUCAUCCUCCACAUGUUGUGUAGCCCUCAUCAGAACACAAGAAAUCGUCGUUCGCUUCACUGUGUGCGCUCACGUUUUGAUUGCUCACCAUCAUUCAGUUCAUCUUUCUCUUCUACAUGCCACUUUCACCGUCAUUGACCCAACUGUGGCCAAGAUUGUAAACUAUUCUCCAUCCAUAAGGGUCAGUAGAAUAAGGUGUUUGAAAAAGAAAUGUCUGUAUAAUAAUUUAAAUAUAAAAAGUGCACUAUUAUAACUAUUGCCUGUGAUUUAAAAAAAAACAAAAAAACAAUUAUGAUUGAAUUGAUGGUCAAAAUAAAGAGAGAUCCACCUUAUUGUUAUGGUUACAAUAAUAAACCCUAAAUCCAUGUGUCUGACAACUAUGAUUUAUAACUAUCAUUAAGGCAGAGACUGAGCACACGCUGAGCUUCAAAUUCUUUUUCGAAAAAUAUUGUCUUCUUACACAAGGAGGAGUAUCAAAUCUCGUGGUGGGACGGAUCUGGCCCCCGGUCCGCGAGUUACACUGACCUCAUAGUCAUUUUUAAACAAAAUGGAAUAUUUUUAGGGAUAACGCAAUGGUGUACAGUGAUCCCUUGCUACUUCACGCUUCAAACUUCACGCUCUUAGUCCAUCGUGGAUUUUUUUUUUUCAAUUUAAAAGAAAAAAUACAGA